CACUCUAAUUCUACCCUAUUCUAUUGGACUCACAUUGGGCCUAAUAAAGCCCAUAUAAAAUAGGCUGACGCCCAUAUAUUCCCAAACAGAAAAUCGAACUCAUCAACCCUCAAAAUCUCCACUUGCUUAGGCCGCCGCUGCUAUCGCCCACUGCAGCUUGAACUGCAAGAUGGUGAGAGUCAGUGUCUUGAAUGAUGCCUUGAAGAGCAUGUAUAAUGCUGAGAAGAGGGGGAAGAGGCAGGUCAUGAUCAGGCCUUCAUCGAAAGUGAUUGUCAAGUUUCUUCUGGUUAUGCAGAAGCACGGGUACAUUGGGGAAUUUGAGUUUGUCGAUGACCACAGAUCUGGCAAAAUUGUGGUUGAGCUUAACGGAAGACUAAACAAAUGCGGUGUGAUCAGUCCUCGUUUUGAUGUUGGCGUCAAGGAAAUUGAGCCUUGGACUGCAAGACUUCUUCCAUCAAGACAGUUUGGUUAUAUCGUGCUGACAACAUCGGCUGGAAUCAUGGAUCACGAAGAGGCUCGUAGGAAAAAUGUUGGAGGAAAGGUUCUUGGGUUCUUUUACUAGAGAUGUUGCUAUUCGGUUCAUUUGCUGUUUAAUGGAAAAGAAUUUUCUGUUGGAGUUUUCCUUAAGUUAUCGUUGAUGUAAUGACAUUGAAGGUUAUAUUUGUUAGGAAUGCUAUAGAUGCAUAUUUUGUGAUGGACAAAUUCCUUUGUUUUGACAGAAAAAAACAGCAAUUUAUCUCAA